AUUGAGCUCUGUCAAUCUUGAUGGAUAAGUUCUGCGUCAUGUGAGCGAGUCAGAGAGAUGGCUGAGUCAAGCUGUUGGGAACGCCACGGCGAAUAAGCAUGCACCUUUUCCCCUUAGAUCCGACAUCGAACCACAUUUCGCAUCAUGUCACUGGCCCAACAGUCCUGGGGGGUCAAUCGCGGUUGCUUCAACUGCGUCCAUCACGAAAGAGAUAAAACGAUCUGAUGCUCACCUGGUCGUUUUAGAGAGCAAUCCAGAUCAUUUAUCGCUCUAUCGUUCAUUCUUUUCUUGACUCAACUGCCAUUCCACUUUGAAAUCAACGUAGCAGCCAAACAGCGAUAGACGGAAAAGAGGUAACGACAACAUCAGGCCACCAUGCCUGCCAGAACCAUCGGGGCACCCCCAGCACAACCCGGGGAUGUGCCGAAGAAAGUUCACAUUGCCGAUACCCCCAUCACCGUGCGCAACUGGCACCGACACAUUGACUGGCUCAAUGUGAUCAUGAUCAUCGGCAUUCCCCUCUACGGCUGCAUCCAAGCCUUUUGGGUACCUCUGCAACUUAAGACCGCCAUCUGGGCCCUGGCAUACUAUUUCUUCACCGGCCUAGGCAUCACCGCAGGUUAUCACCGGCUCUGGUCGCACUGCUCCUACUCAGCCAGUCUGCCCCUCCGCAUCUGGCUCGCAGCAGCCGGAGGCGGGGCAGUCGAAGGGUCAGCGCGAUGGUGGUCGCGGCUGCACCGGGCCCACCACCGGUACACGGACACAGACAAGGACCCGUACUCAGUGAACAAGGGGCUAUUCUACUCGCACUUCGGGUGGAUGAUCUUCAAGCAGAAUCCGAAACGGAUGGGGCGGACAGACAUCUCAGACCUGAACGAGGACCCGGUAGUGGUGUGGCAGCACCGGCACUACCUACUGGUGGUGGGGGUGAUGGGGCUGGCGGUGCCGAUGCUGGGGGCCGGGCUGUGGGGCGACUGGUGGGGGGGCUUCAUCUACGCGGGCAUCCUGCGCAUCUUCUUCGUGCAGCAGGCGACCUUCUGCAUCAACUCGCUGGCCCACUGGCUCGGCGACCAGCCCUUCGACGACCGCAACUCCCCGCGGGACCAUGCCAUCACCGCCCUCGCCACCCUCGGGGAGGGCUACCACAACUUCCACCAUGAGUUCCCCUCGGACUACCGCAAUGCCAUCCAGUGGUACCAGUACGACCCCACCAAGUGGAUGAUCUGGUUGUGGAAGCAGAUGGGCCUGGCGUAUGAUUUGAAGGUCUUCCGUGCCAACGAGAUCGAGAAGGGCCGCGUGCAGCAGAUGCAGAAGAAGGUCGAUCAGCGGCGCGCGAAGCUCGAUUGGGGCACCCCGAUCAGUGACUUGCCGGUGCUGGACUGGGAGGAGUAUGUCAAGAUGGCUCGCAGUCGCGCACUGGUAGCUGUGGCCGGCGUCGUGCAUGAUGUGACCACCUUCGUGGAGGAGCAUCCGGGUGGGCGAGCGAUGAUUAACGCGGGCAUCGGGAAGGAUGCGACCGCGAUGUUCAAUGGGGGCGUGUAUUACCACUCGAAUGCGGCGCAUAAUUUGUUGUCGAUGAUGCGCGUGGGUGUGAUCCGUGGCGGUAGCGAGGUCGAGAUCCUGAAACGGGCGCAGAAGGAGACAUAGAUCUGUACUGUCAGAUUACUAGAGUAGACGCAUAUCAAUUCAUAUAGUCUGUCAAAUCGGGACCCCCAAACUCACUGUCCGGUCUGUCUUCGGCCAGAACUUGAAAUAGUCCUUGUGGGUGCUGAGUCAAGCUUCAACAUAUCGUUGGUUUCAAGCAAUCCAUGAAUAAUAGGAGCUCAAAAGGUGUCGCUGUUCAAGUGUGUUAUCGGAGGUAGUGUACCUCGUUGAUCAUAUCUUAUAUGCACAUUGUCAACUGCACCUUCACCUCCAGC